AUUUUGAAGACACAGAGAUGCAGCAAGAUCCAAACAUGUCGUACACCGUAGAUCAGACUGAAAGCAUAACGGCCAGAUGGAACCUAAGUUUUGACACAUACAACGACCCAGUGGAGUUCCUAGAGCAACUGGACGAACUCAUGUCAUCGGGCGAGGUCAAACCAGAUAAAGUGCUCAAAGUGCUCCCCAGAUUCCUGAAAGGAAAGGCCGUACUGUGGUAUAGAAAUAAUAAAAACUCGUUUACUACAUGGAACGAAUUCAUAGAACUCUUCAAGUUGACAUUUGUGAGCUGUGACAGUGACCUGUUAGCUAAAAUAGUGAAUUAUAGGCAACAUCACCGCCAAAAAUUCACGGACUACCUGAUUGAAAUACAAACACUCAUGCGCAGAUACGCAAAAAUGUCAAAAGAAGAAGAACUAAAUAGAAUCUACGAAAACAUGAACGCAAAAUACAAGUUUUAUAUCAAGAAAUCAGAAGUCGACUCGAUAAGCAAAUUAAUACAACUGGCAAACGACUAUGAAAAUGUCACAGCAGAACGUCAAACUAGCUUCACAGAACGAGAACCACGAAAUGAUCACCACGAAACAAGCACAAAUCAAGGACACAAGGAGACGGCAUCAUACAUACACAAUUACAACACAAAUACUUGCUGCUGGAGCUGUGGAAAACAAGGACACUCGAUGAAAGAUUGCAGAAGCAAAAAGGUACUAUUUUGUAACGGUUGUGGCAAGAUCGGCAAAAUGAGUAAACAGUGUUGUAAGAAAACAAGUGAGUACACACAGUCCAUGACAAUAAACACAAGUCCGCAAAUUAAAGAUAACCGUCCCUUCGUAGAUGUAUCGAUACUAGGCGAAAAAUAUCAAGCACUCGUAGACACCGGCGCCACAAGAUCAUACAUCAACGACCAAGUGUACAAGAAAUUCGCGAAAAAUAUCAAGCACUCGUAGACACCGGCGCCACAAGAUCAUACAUCAACGACCAAGUGUACAGUAAAUUCG